CGGAUGGAGAUUGAGGUUACUAUGGGGGAAGCGAUAAAGUCUGUUGAAAGCCCUACGCAUCCAACCGCUGUCCAGCUUGGGCAACAUGGAAAAGGGAAAAAAGGAAAAGGGAGAGCGAAUGAUCAAGAACACGACUCCAGGAAGGCCCUUGUCACUUUGUCUCAAACACCUGCUGAGCUUCUGAAAGAUUUCGUGCUUUUGAUCACUACAGUUACUCCGCACUUCAUAUCCACUCCCCAGGCCUUGCUGGAAACCCAUCCAACUAUCCCUGGCCAUCAGGCUUUAAAAGUGACGCUCGUGCCGCGUUUCAAGAUGCCAGGGACGCAAAGGCCGGAAAAGACUGAAGUAAUUUUUCUGGUUGAUCGAUCUGGUUCUAUGAGUGACACCAUCCCCUAUGUAAAAUCGGCCCUCCGUGUAUUCCUCAAGUCUCUUCCGUUGGGCUGCUUUUUCAACAUCAUAUCCUUCGGCAGCCAGUGUACCUUACUCUGGGAGCGCUCUAGAGCUUACGGCGAGGGAACCCUGAGAAUCGCAUCCCACCAUAUCGAGACGUUCGAUGCAAGCUACGGUGGAACAGAAUUAUUGCCUCCCUUGAUACAAGCAUUUUCCCAGAGGAGAUCGGAGCCUGGAGUGAGUACGGAGAUCAUGGUUCUCACAGACGGAGAGAUCUGGAGCUUACCGGAGCUACUAGAAUAUAUCCAACAAAUGCGCAAGGAGAGUGGUGGAGCGGUUCGGCUUUUCAGCUUGGGUGUGGGAGAAAGGGUGUCGCAUGCACUCGUACAGGGAAUUGCGAUGGCUGGGGGAGGGUAUUCCCAGAUUGUGUCCAGUGGCGGGGCCGGCGGUGGCAGGGUGGCAGAGAGCUUGGAGGCGAAGGUGGUGAGGAUACUUAAUAGCGCCCUGACGGAUCAUAUUGGGGAGUACAAAUUACAUGUUUUGCAGGAGGAAGGAGACGAGGUGGAUUCGGAGAGUGAGGGUGAAGAAGAGGGAGCUGGGACAGGAGCCCAGGUGACUCCCGCCCAUCCGGCUCCAGUACGGGCCAGAGCGCCGGCCAAGCCUUCGGGGAGGAUCAAUCUGUUUGACCCUACCGCCGCACCCCCUCAGCGUCCUCCUACACCACCUUCUCCCAAUGUGAACCUAACCCCAAAUUUGGGCAGUUAUGGGGAUAGCAGAAAUGGGUUCGCCAAUUUGAAGAAGUUACAAGGCCCGGAGAUAACCCAGUCCCCUUUCGAAAUCCCGCCUCUUUUCCCAUACGAGAGGUCCGUAGUGUACCUCCUGAUACCCCCUACCGCCAAACAGCUGAAGUAUGCAAAGCUUGUGACCUUGAGUGCUACUACAAUUUUUGGUCAGGAGCUCACGCUUUCGAUUCCCAUCAUCCGCCUCGAGCAGCCGGGGGAGACUGUGCACCAACUGGCUGCUAGGAUGCUAUUGCGUGAUCUCGAGGAGGGCAAGAGCUGGCUUCACUCUGGCAAGUAUGGUGUCUCAGCAGGAGAUUUAUCGGAAGUUCGGGAGUACAUCCAGAGAGAAGGUGAAGAGGUUGGGAUGAGGUGGUCACUGGCGAGCAAAUGGACUAGCUUUAUAGGUGUCGAAGAGGAGAUUCUGAACGAGGCGCCGAUGCCGAGCCCAGUGCCACCUGAGGGAAAGCCGUCGGGGUUGGCGGAAGGGAGACUUUCGGCUCCCAGUAUCCCCAGUAUAUUACCCGAAACCACUCCGGAUAGUGAGGACAGCAUGUCCAUCAACACAUCCGGCACCUCCGGCUCUGAUCACGUACCUUUGUCAAGACUGAAUCCCACACAUUCACCCUCCACGGCGAUUGGUUCUAGGGCCCGGUGGGGUGUUAUUGCAGGUGUCCGAGCGAUGAGUAGCGGAGUUGAUCCUAUGGGACGCCUUCUGGAAUCGAGGGAUACGCCUGGCCCCGAACAUCCCGUGUGGAACCCCCACGCCCAGAAUUACAAUCCAAACUCAUACCAACAGCACGGCAGACCGACCAUGCAGCCAGAGCUUAUCCAAGGCAGGCCCUUAGCGGCCAGCAUCUCGUCUAGCACUGAAGGUUCGUCGGGUUUCGAUUCCCGUACAAAGUAUUGCAAUUUUGAAAUGCGGGAGGAAGUGAUAGUAUCAUGGCAGCCAAGGGAGGAACCGUAUUCCUGGUUGGGGGGGCGACUUGCGGACUUUUAUCGGGCCUAUAAAGCUUACAACCUUCAAUCCCUGGGAGCGGUGUGGAGAGUGGGAAACAUAUUCAGUCGAUCUGCUCCGCCCGAACGCCCACCCGAAGACCCGUCCGGAUCAAUUAUGGCACCUACCCUCGAGGAGCCCUCGCAGACUAUCGUCCCACCUACUGGGCUGCACCCCUCAGUUGUUGACGGGGGCCUUCUCGCCACAGUUGAUACUGCCGUGGCGGGUGAGGGCGGUUCUCCAGGGCAGUCUGGCAUGCGCGCCCCCAACCGCAUGCCUGUGCCUCCCCAACCACCGGCCGGAUCUCCAGUUAACAUCUACAGACUUAUAGCUGCACAGAAUUUUGACGGCAGCUUCCCUGUUGCGGAUGAGUAUGUUGUUGAACUCCUGGGCUCCCGGAAUGACCCAAUGCCCCAGGCAUGCGGGGGGGAUAAAGUCGCCUGGGUUGCGUUGCUCAUUGCGGUGCUCUUGGAGAGAAAAUAUGCUUAUCUGAGAGAUGUAUGGGAGUUAGUCGUUAGGAAGAUUUGGGUAUUUUUGGGCGGUAGGGAGGGAGUGAAGGUGGAAGAAGUGAAACUGGCGGCGGAGGAACUAGUUGCUGCGUGGGAG